AUGGACACUCAUCCUCUAAACAUCAAUAAAUUAGAAGAAAACAAUAAUGAAGCUAAAUUACUAUCAAAUGAAAGGCAUCAAUCAAAAUAUAAAGAGAAGACAUUUCAUCCAAGAGAGUCCAUGUUGACCCAUCUCUUCACACAAACCGAAAUGUCGAUCGUUUACAACUUCAGCGCCGGUGUUUUCGUUUUGUUUUUCCUUCGAGCUCUUAUCGAUGAUAUUUUCACGUAUGGAUUACCUUUUCAUCACACAUGGUUAAUUUGGUGGAAUUUCUCAAAAUUCCCUCAAACGAUGGCUGUUUGGGGAUUGAUGUUUGGCUCAACGUUGAUCCCAUAUGUGGGACUGAAGUUGUGGGCGAAUGUCCCGGAAAAGAAAGUUACCGUUCCCUCAUCCACCCCAUGGCUUCUCGCUCUCUCAGCUUAUCUAUUCUCCUUAUUCUAUUUCCCAUUGCGAUUCCUCUUCGCAGCCGAGCUCAACUGUGCUUGUUCAUUUAUUAUCACUUGUGAAACGACAAGAUUGGCAAUGAAAAUCUACGCAUUUGUUAGGGAGAAUGUCCCUAGAGGAAUUGAGAAGAAAAUGUGCAUUGUUGGGGCUAAACCAGGAGAGUCAAGCAUCGAUUGGCCAUCGGUCGAGCAAUUCCUGUACUAUCAAUUUUGUCCAUCAUUCAUCUAUCGAGAUGAAUAUCCAAGAACUGAGAAAAGCGAUUGGCGAAAAGCUGGUUUCCAUUUCGUGCACUGUUUGCUGUUAAUCGAAUUCGUGAAUCUCGUUUUCACUCAAUGGGUUGAGCCAGCUCUUUCGGGGAUUGAUUACCCGAAUGCCGCAUUCUCCACAUCCCUUCUCCACCUUUUUUCCUCGAUUCUCCCCGGAGUGAUCUGUCUAAUUUCACUCUUUUACGGUCUCCUUCACUCAUGGCUUAAUCUGUUCUCAGAAAUUCUCACCUAUGCAGAUCGACACUUUUAUGACAAUUGGUGGAACUCGAACAAUAUGGCUGAAUAUUAUCGAAAUUGGAACCUAGUUGUGCAUGAUUGGCUCUACAAUUACGUUUAUAGAGAUAUAGCUGUUCUAAUUGGUGGAAAAAGAGGGAAAUUGAUUGCACAAAUGUGCGUCUUUUUCCUCUCCUCUGUCUUUCAUGAGUACUGGUUUGGGGUAGCUUUUCGAUGCUUCUAUCCUGUCAUGUUUCUACUCUACUUUGUUUUUGGAGGCGUAUUCUUCUUUGUCUCUCGAACAAUCACGAAUCGUCACGUAUGGAAUACAGCACUUUGGUUCAAUCUUCUCAUUGGCACGGGUAUGUUUGUGGCUUUCUAUGGACAAGAAUGGUAUGCGAGACGGGGUCACUGUGCCCCAAGAAAUUCCUCAUUUCUUGAUGCUCUCCUUCCUCGACAUUGGUCUUGUCAAACACCCAAAAUA